AUGGACCAGCAAGGCCAGGAAACCAAUAGCCCUGAACCCAUCGAGUGUUCUCCCGCCCAAGGCGAUUUCCACCUUGUCUGUCAGUUGACGCGGGGACUCGAGGACUGCGAUUGGGAACAGCUUCAAGAAAAAUAUGCGGAUGCCAUGGAGGAACAUGGUCGAGUAGAGGAAACUGUUCGCGCUGAGACAGCCAAGCUUCUCGAGGUUUUCAUGGCUUGGUCACAAACCACCGUCCUGCAGGAUGAGAACCGAGCUUUCAAAAGGUUGGGCGGCCUCACAUAUAAUGCCUUUCGGAGGGAAGUUGAAACCUUUGGGGGCUAA